AGCAGAAAAUCGGAAAUCGAAGUAAACCGAUCGUGCCCCGACGACACUCCGUCGCAGUAAUUGUGAUUGUAUCUUGGUCUGGUUCGUCUGAUUGAAGAAUUGAAACUCUUCGUUCAAAGUUCCAUCCAUAACAACAAUCUGGCACUGGUCGAGUACCGGAAUUGGAGAGAUGAGAACCAAAACCCUCGUGCGUAGGCCAAAGUUGUGCAGAUCGCCUCUUCUUGUCAAACCCCUCUCCACACGACUUCCUGUUCUUGAAAUGAGUAAUGAUAAUGGAGAAGAUGCAAGUGGGAGUGGGAGCAAGAGUGAAGAAGGUGAACGGUUAACUGUGAAUUCUCAUGAUGAGAUGGAUGGUCGAGGGGGAAGCGGUGAUAAUUUAGGUCCAUCUAGAGUUUCUAUGGAUGGAGAUUGGUUUGAGGGAGAGACAUGUAUCAAAUGCGAUGAGGUAGGCCAAAUGUUGGUUUGUAGUGUUAGUGACUGUCCCGUUGCUGUUCACGAGAAGUGCUUGCCUUUCAAACCUAGAUUAGAUGAUGUGGGAAACUUCCGCUGCCCCUAUUGUUGGUUCAAACAGGCAGUAGAAAAGAAACAGGAGUUAAGGAAGGAGGUUAUGCUCGCGAAGAAGGCUUUGUCCGACUUUAUAAAUUUCAAAGUUGUGGAGGAUGACCAGGAAAAUAUGAAGGAUGGGAAAGCUAAAGAGAAUGGUGUAAAUAUGUCACCACUGGAUUGCUGUGACCAUGAGAGAGGUGUUGAAGAUGAAGAGCGAGCAGAGCCUUCAAAUACUUGCUGUAUUGAAGAAGAUAUACUUGUGAAUGUUUCACUUCAUAUGCCAACAGAAGGAACAGUGACAGCUGAUAUGUCCAAAGACAAGCAAGCCACAAUGGAGAAAGAAGAACAAGCACAUCCGGAAGCUGCAGAAAAUACCGUUUUAACUUCUAAAGACAGUGGUCUGAAGAUGCCUGCACCUGCAGAUGAUAGUGACAUGUCUGAAGCAUCUGAUUCAGACACUCAGGCCCCUUUGGAACAGGGGACACUGACCAAACAGAGAAGUAAAAUGAAAGUAGGUGGCAAGAAUGUUGAUCCUUCAAAGAAAUCAUCGCCUCAGAUACGUAAGACACUGGAGAGAAGAGCUAAAAAUCAAAGUAAGAAAGAAAUUACCUACAAAGAGCCAGGAAAAUCCCCAGAAUCUUCUUAUCAAAUUAAUGUGUAUAAUGAAAAGCGUAAGAGAGCACGUUGGACACAGGAGGAGGAAGACAUAUUAACGGAAGGAGUGCAGAAAUUUUCAUCCAACGUGAACGUAAAUUUUCCUUGGAGGAAAGUCUUGGAAUUUGGUCAUGGUGUUUUUAAUUCAAAUCGUACUUCUACUGAUCUCAAAGACAAAUGGAGGAAGAUUUUAGCCAAAGGAUCCGCAGAAGGCAAGAACGCGUUACUAUGAAUGAUGACGUAAUGAAGUCGCAAGAAGAUAAAUUUCCCAGAGAAGUCCGAGGCUGUUGCCUCCCGGCUCCGGACAAUAAUAGAGUUCCAAUAUGUAAUCCUGCGGUGGCACAAAUUCCUCCACUUCGACCAGAGCCAGCCGGAUCAUUAUGAAAUGGAACUAUAAUAUAUAUUAGACCUAGCAUGAUCCAGCUCCAAGGAGAGUAUGUUAAAUACUGUGUAUUUGUUUCUUUGUAGCUACAUGUUCAGAUCAUAUCAUAAAGUCUAUACACCCACACACACACAGCACAGCACACCUAUCCGAUGGCAUCAACCCAAGCCAAGGCAAGGAACACAUAUCUUGUGAUAAUAUUUUGAAGUUUAUAAACAUGUACUCUGUUAUGAAUAAAUGUCAACUGAAGCUUUCUUUA